UUAGUUUGGGAAGUAUAGAGAUCCUGAAUAGUCGACAUCGAAGAGCAACUUCUAGCGCGCGCAGAGUUCCUAUUGAUCGCGUUUUGCAUCGAGAGCGGCUGGUUUAAAGCGACUAAACGUGCGUCCGAAGCACGAGAGCACAGCUUGCAAAGACGGCUUGACAGUUAUGGAAAUACCUCUAGUGGACUCUAUCACGGCAGCCAGCAGUUAGUGCUGGUCCUAAGCCGUAGCGAAGUGAGUGAGGUGACGUGCUGUCUGCCUCUUGGGGCAUGACGGCAUACUCCGGAGGUUUCUUGAAGAGGACAUGAAUCCGAAGAAGCAAUAGUUUGAGAUGGUCCGAAGAAAACGAGGUUUUCACCAGCUGCUAGCUGCGGCGCUCUUCUUUAUCAUGUUACCAGGUUCGCAACAGGGAUACUACGAAAAAACGUUGCUCAACAAGCUCUUGGACAAUUACAACAUUUUGGAGAGGCCAGUAGCAAAUGAAUCAGAGCCACUAAGUGUCAGGUUCGGCAUUACUUUGCAGCAAAUCAUUGAUGUGGACGAAAAGAAUCAGAUUCUUACCACCAACGCUUGGCUGAAUUUGGAAUGGACAGACUACAAUCUGCGCUGGAACGACUCGGAGUAUGCGGGAGUAAAAGACUUGAGAAUAACUCCGAACAAGCUUUGGAAACCCGAUGUUCUCAUGUAUAACAGUGCUGAUGAGGGUUUCGACGGGACUUACCAAACAAACGUUGUGAUCAAAAGUAACGGCAGCUGCUUGUACAUCCCUCCGGGUAUCUUCAAGAGCACAUGCAAGAUAGACAUUACGUGGUUCCCCUUUGAUGACCAACACUGUGACAUGAAGUUUGGUAGCUGGACCCACGAUGGUAACCAGCUUGACCUGCUUUUAAACUCGGAAGCUGGAGCCGACCUAUCCGACUUCAUCACAAAUGGAGAAUGGUAUCUUCUGGGGAUGCCGGGAAAGAAAAACACAAUUAUCUACGCAUGUUGUCCGCAACCAUACGUUGAUGUUACUUUUACGAUUCAGAUUAGAAGACGGACACUGUACUAUUUCUUCAACCUCAUAGUUCCUUGCGUGCUGAUAUCUUCAAUGGCUCUACUGGGAUUUACAUUGCCGCCCGACUCGGGUGAAAAACUAACAUUAGGUGUCACCAUUCUUCUUUCAUUGACAGUAUUUCUGAACCUAGUAGCCGAAAAGAUACCGACAACAUCAGACGCAGUACCAUUGAUAGGCGUGACCAUCCUGCUCUCGUUGACUGUGUUCCUGAACCUCGUGGCUGAAACUUUGCCCCAAGUAUCUGAUGCCAUUCCCUUGUUAGGUACCUACUUCAAUUGCAUUAUGUUCAUGGUGGCAUCAUCAGUGGUUUUGACUGUGGUGGUUCUCAAUUACCACCAUCGAACUGCUGAUAUUCACGAAAUGCCUCAAUGGAUAAAAACAGUCUUCCUGCAAUGGUUACCGUGGAUGCUUGGCAUGAGCCGACCCGGUAAAAAAAUAACCCGUAAAUCCAUCAUGAUGAACAGUAGAAUGAAAGAAUUGGAGCUGAAAGAACGCUCAUCGAAAAGUUUAUUAGCUAAUGUAUUAGACAUAGAUGAUGAUAUUCGAAACGUUUCGGGAACAUCAGGAAAUAGUUCAAUGAUGACCACAAGCCUGGGUGGUGGCUUCGGACGUAGCGCAACCACUAUUGAGGAUUCAGCAAUGGCCGGCACAAGUUCUAGUCAACGAGAGUUGCAACUCAUACUAAAGGAGUUACAAUUCAUAACAAAUAGAAUGAAGAAAGCCGACGAAGAAGCUGAAGUAAUAAGCGAUUGGAAGUUUGCAGCAAUGGUGGUGGACCGUUUCUGUCUGAUUAUUUUCACAUUGUUUACGGUCAUUGCUACAGUAGCUGUACUACUAUCGGCACCACAUAUAAUAGUGCAGUAAUCGGACAGGAAACUCGAAGAGGCAGUAAACUUUUCUGUGAUAGAUAGCGCAGAAUACUACGGCAGUUUGACACAAAAAAAUGUGCAAGCAUGCCUUUGCUGCGUGAACCAUUCACGAGCUAAACAAAGUAAAAGGCAGGCACUAAUGUCCAAUCUAAUAUUAAGCGUUUGAAAUUGCACAAAAUGUCUACGAAAAAGGUCACGGAAAUACGGCAAAAGGUUUAAAAACCGUCUUGCGUAAAUUCGAUUUCUUAGGCGCAGUUACCAAGCUAGUAGGUUCCUAAGGGGCUACUAGGGCUUUACUUCUUUAGAAAAUGCAACGCAUUGAACUACCCGGUAAACGGAACUUCUAUCCACUUUAUGUAGUUCCUUGAUGUAAACCUACUGCCUGCUGUUUGGAAAAGUCUUUUUACGUUGCUUUUGGUUAAUAGAGGUUGAAAAUUUUAGCUAGUCUAUAACACUAUAACCGGUAAAACUAUCUAGUUGGUGGAACACACGUGUCUGCCUUUUGUUAACCAAUUGAAAACUCGGCAUUCAGAAACAUUCAUUCAUUCGCAGCCUCUCAAGUGCUUAGCUCUAAAGUAUAACCAUUAACUUUCAAUCCUCCAAUCUUCCUUUCAUGCUUCAUUCGUGUAACAUUCCAUAUGAUCAAGUCAGGGUCAUGACAAUCAGUAUGUGACUUUAGAGCUUAGAUAAGUUUAGUUAGUCCCGUAGAAUUCGCUGUUCUCAUUAUUUUAACAUAGUUGUCUUCUCAGUCAUCGUAGCAAAAUUAUGUUAGUAUCCAUUUUCUCGUAAACACACAAAGAAGACUCAAGCGCUUGAGUCGAUUGCAAUUGAAGAGUUUCGGCAAUGCCUCACAAACUUAAAGGAGUCCACCGUGUAUAAAACCUAUUGUGAUGAGUUUCGCAAAAUAAGUACCUAGGAAUUAUUAAGAUGAGUUUAUACAUAAAUAGGUGUAAAUUACUCGAGACGUGAAUUGUGGUAUAGAGUCGAACGAUUUUAUAUUAAUGCUUACGAAUACUUCAUCGCAUAUUGAAAUCAAUGUCAUCUCUUUUCAAAAUAGCGACUUGUUUCGUCCACUCUUCAAACCGCGAAUAGGCCGCGAGUGUGGACAAAUAUUCGUAAAAUAGCUCUCUAAAACUCUUCUCUAAAAACAUCCCAGCUAUGUAUAGAAACCCCAAAUAUUUUUAGGACUUUGUAAUGGCGUUAGAUUAAGGAAUUAUAUAAAAUCGUUCGAAUACACGCUGAUUUUUAUACUUGAGUCUAACGACGAGUGCAGUUGAGGUAUAGGACAAGGCAAAGGUUCAAUCUGAGGGUUACCAGGGUCAGUUAAAUAGGUCCAAUACGUUGGCAUAAUCUCUCAAAGGUCGAGGAAACUUUCUCAAUUUGUUCAUCAUGUUGUUCUCUAAAAGUCCCUAUUUGGAGAAUAGUAUCAAUAAAAGUUUUAAUCAUUUUGUAAUCUGGCUUAUUUUUGAAUUUCUAGCGCAUCUAGAUGAGAUAGAUAAAUAUCGAUGUUAUAAUUCAAGCAAUUUCGAAUGCACAAGGGAAAAUUAGAAUGCCAAAGCAUUAUUGCCUUCUAGCAUCUAAAUUGAAUAUGUAGAAUUCAUUGAACUUCUGUUAUCUUCUAUUCUUCUGUUAUCUAAUCCGUAUUGCUUGGAUACUGCGACGAAACUGAUUGGAAACUUCAAUACGAAUCUUUAUUCUUAUUAUUACACAUGGAAAGUUUGAUGUCUUGUUUCAUAUGUUCACAUAAAUCGUAUUAAGUUUUUAUUGCAAAAACGCCGUUUCUUGUAUCUCGCAGUCUUUCAGCUCGAUAACAUUUAUAGUAUCCUCAAAUUUAUUAUUUCGCUAAACUCAUGAUUUCUCUAUCAUAAAGAAGCAUGUUUCAAAGAUCUCAGUUUAUUACUUAAGCAUUGUGUAUUACGUCUGUCUAACCUUCCUCGACGUCUCGAUUGCUCUGGUCCUUCGAACCGGAUAUUGAUUGUAAAUUAUCGAAUGAGAGUUAAGACCGUUUAGUGUUUAAGCGAUUGAUGCAAAGUGAUUACUUAACGCAAAAUCCUCUAGGUUUAAUGGAAAUUAUAUCACAUCUUCAACGGUUCAGUCGAUCGAAUAUUUGCCUUAGGGUGCGAUAAAAAAAUUUAAUCUAAACUUGUGUUUAUUUAUGAAUGGAUUCAAUACUAAGACAGCUACUAAAGUCAUGUUUUUAUCGACUUUCUUUAGAAUUUGUCUAAGCUGAUGACUAAACGCACAUGCAUUUAAGGUUCAAGAUCUCUUUCAUCAAGCCUAACUUCCACUAAGCUCAAGCCUGCAUAGAUGGGUGGCAGUACCUGAAUUUCUAUAGACCUUUUAGAGAUUAGUUCGAUGUCUACCGAACCAAUUUUUACCUAUUUGGCAUGCCCAAUAUAGUGUCCCAUAUCUGAGAUACUCUUUUUUGGACAUUUGCCUCGCUCCUUGCUCCGAACCGAUCUGUUACUCUUCGGACAAGCUCCCGUGCUUCGGAACCUAACGCCAUGUACGUGGUUUCAUUUUCAUCUGGUUUCACAAAUGCAUUUUUUCUUCCAUUCAUACCAUUUGUUGUAUAUCUAGUUUUUCCUUGAGAGUGACUUUAAAACUGUUCGUUUUUGUUCGCAAAGAUAUCGGUUCCAAUACGUUGAUUAAGUAGGAAAAGCAAUUGUUCUAAUAUAUGUGCCAAAUUGUGUAAUAUUAAUUUUGAAUAACCGGGUUUGCACGUUCCACCGAACCUUUUGUAAGAUUGAUUCGUCCCUGCAUAGCAUUCAGCAAAUUAUUUUGAAAUAUUUCAAUUUACUUCGUACAUGACGUUUUAAGCUCUACUUUUAUAUAUCAUAUAUUUAUACUUAUUUGUAUUUAAUGAAAGUUCUUCAUUAUUACUAAUUAAUUGCCAAAUUGUUUUGGCAAUAAGGGAAUUAAACAACUAACCUGACAAGUAUAACAAUAAUUGUUUACCUUAAAAAUAAUGUAUUUAAACCAUAGAAUUUAAUACAAUUUUAAUAAAAAAAAUUAAAAUUUCUUGGGCGUUUUAUAACGUAGCAUUACUUACAACUUACAUAUCUAUUAUUUAGUAGUUUAAUGCCCUGCCUUUAGGGCUACUUUGCAUGUCGGUAAAUGGCCAAGCCCAAUUUUCUACCAAAUUUCUAACUAAUGUAAAAAACGCCCAUUAUAUGUUAGGAAGUACAAUAAAAAGCAAUGAGAAAACUGCUCAAAAUUGUUAUAAAACCACCACGCGUAGAUAAGUUACUGUACAAGCACGCUAUGGUAAUUUUUUGAGUCGCAAGUAUGCGAGAAGGAAAUAUAUACAAAGCUAAACAAAAUCUAUCCCAAUCGAACCUGUAGCAAACAUUAACAGAUAAAUUGUAAUAUAAUCAAUAUAAAUUUGUGUUUAAUGUUCCGACGUACUUACUGACAUAUCGUUGGUGAUUUGGAAAAACAAAUGAGAAAAUUAGAGCGCCCAUCCUAGCAGCCGAUUUUCGGAAAAAAAGCCAAAAAUGUUGACACAGGUGUUCGAGGGACAUUCGCAUGAAAUGACCAAAUAGUAUAGUGUCCUUCGCUAAUUAGUAGAAUAAUUACUGAAUUAAGAUCUUCUAAAGAUGCUGACGAAACUGAAUUACUGUCUGCUCAAUUCAAUAUUACAGUUUUAGUCACUCGCAAGAUGCAUCUUCAAAUUAUUUAAAACGGUUUGAAGUAUUUUUUUAAUUGAAGUGCUUCAUGAUGAUGAUACCUGAUGGAACUCAGUUUCAGUUUUGUCACCAGACGGUAGCAGGAUGUAAAAUUAUUUGAUUAUAAUUUGUGCUUUACAAUGACUGCAGGGAUAAUAGCCCGACUUUAGAAAUAAGAGUUUUUUUAACUAUCAACAAUGGCUCAAAUAGAGUAUGCUUGUACUGUUCAGUGAGCUUCUAUGUCAAUAAAUACAACUAAACUCUUUUCCCCCAUGAAAUUUCCUUAGAUGAAUUAGAGUACGUGGAGAACAUAUUUUACUGUUUAUUAUUUUCGUUGAUUAUAUAUGCAGAAAACAAUGUUAAAUUUAUUAUAGUUUACCUUUACAGUAGCUCAAUUUGUUUUUGAGAUUCAUACUGAAUUUGCAUUGAUCAUUGUGGAGUAUAUGUAUAAUGUAUGAUUGAAAUACAAAUGAGUUUUAA